AUGGACGCGCACUAUCCUCAACGAAUCUUGCGACACGCCAAAAGCUCCCAGUUCCAACGCGCACCAGCCAACGCUCAACAUGAAUCCCAAAAGCUGAGAAAGUCGAAGAGCGCCUACUUCCAUCAUGCCACGAAGAACUCCGAAGAGAAGACACCUCAAGACAAGACAACAGAAACAAAAACACGGCACAGCUUCCUCUCCAAAGUCAAAGCAGCAUUCGCACGCACGAGUAUCGCAAGAACACAUAGAAAAACUCCAUCACAGCUCACCUCCAAACUGCAAAUGACGCGUCUCGAAUACCGUCUUCACGCCUUGAAUCACUACUCUACUCCACAGCAAUACCACAGAAUUCACCUCGCUGCAAUAAUCUUCCACCCCAAAACCAACAAGCUCCUCCUCGUCAAAGAUCCUGUUGGAAUCAAACUCACCAUCCCAGAAACGGCAAUGUUCGCGCGUCAUUCUUCAUUAGGAGAGGCCCUAAGCGAGGCUUUAUUUUCGAGUACAGGGUUGAAGAUCAGCGAGGUCAAGAGAGAGGUCUUGCCUGUGUGGGAGUUUGGAAGUUCGUGGACAAUUGGAGAGAAGGGCGAGGGGAUGAAAUCUGUGAUGCUUAGUUUUGUUGUUGAAGCGAAGGAUUUGGAGAUGGUUAGGGGUGAUGUGAGGUGGGUUGGGGAAGAGGAGGUUGAGUGGUUGGAGAUGGAUAGGGGAAUGAGAAAUCUGAUGAGAUGGGUUUUUGAUGAGAGAAUUCUGGAGGGGUAA